AUGGAGGAGGUCAGUGCUGAUGGAGGAGGUCAGUGCUGGAGGAGGUCAGUGAUGGAGGAGGUCAGUGAUGGAGGAGGUGGUGUGCGACCAACACUCCGUGGUCGGAUAACUACAGGGUUCUGUUUUGGCCGGAGCGUCUUCAAAGCUCAUGACAUCACUUCCUGUAAGGUGUGGACUCACAGCGGGAGAGGAGCGGCCGAGUGCGUGGCUCUGAAUCACGCCGUCGCAGCAGAUAAGACGACAUAG